CCACAAGUCAGGGACUAGGUUAAUCAACAGCUGUCAAACUCCUCAGGGCGUGCUCCAAUGUUUACCUACAGCUGACUGAGAACACACAGCUGGGAUACACUGCACCAAUAAAACGGAGAUGAAGGAUUACACACAGUUAUAAUCUGGAAGAACUGAAAACUCCACUUUCCCAUUAUUUGAGCUAACCAUGGAUCACAGAGGUCAACCAAGGCACGACCCGGGUCGUCAAUCCCAUAGAACAAAAGACAGAGAUGACCACUAUAGGUACUCUCAGCAGCAGGAUGGGAACCCGGGCUACCCACCACCGGACCACAGGGACAGGCACCGGGCUCAUUCUGACGCCCACUACAGGGGUCACUAUACCAGCUAUCCUGCCAGACAAGAACAGAAUCCUUACAACACCCAGCAAUAUCAUUACGGCUACGGACAUGUGGAACACCAAAGACCACAGUCCAGGCAUGGGUACAGUCAAUGGGACUACAGAGACCACUAUGAGCACUAUGGUUAUCAUGACCAUGACUACUACAGAGGACAGCCUGCACGACAAGAUGCAGGUCAGUGGAGUCCCCAUGAUGCACGGAGAACAGACCACUACCAUGACAGAGCGUACAGACAGGAGCAUUCAGUGAGCUCUAACCCGGAGGAGUACAGGUAUGACCAAGGGAGGGAUAACUCCCAGCAUUGCUUCAAAGACUAUGAGGAUCGUCCCUCCAGAGACAAUGAAGAGGAUUCCUCUUAUUACCAAGGGACAUUAGAGAGUUCCAAAAACUCAGGGAUGUCAUCCAGCAGCUAUGAACUCAGUCAGUACAUUAACGGAGCCGAACACACUGAAUCUGUCCACACAUCUGAUGCAGUGCAUCAGAUGUCAGCUCCUCUGAAGUUCUCCAUCCCUCAUGCAGUGGUCAGCUUCGGGCCUGCAGGACAGCUGAUACGGGUCAGUCCAGGUCUGUCCACACAGGAGAACAUCAGCCAGCUGGAAAUCCACAGUAUGGAGGUGAUCCUCAGUGAAACAAAGGAACAGACGGAGAUGAGAAACUUCCCAGGGCCCUUAACAAGGGAAGAUUUGCACAAAGUAGAUGCCAUAGAGUUUGCCCACCAGAGGGCAGGUGACUGCAUGAGAGAUGACAAACUCCAUGAUCAGAAAUCUGCUGCCCUCUUGUGGAAUCUACUGAUACUGCUCUGCAGACAGAAUGGACAAAUAGUGGGCUCAGAUAUCGCAGAGCUGCUGAUCAAUGGCUCACAUUCAGAUGGAAGCUGGGAGAAAGAGGCUCCAACGCUCAUCGACUUCAGUGAGGGCUCAGUUGCUGAAGAACCACCUCCCAAAGGAGAUGAUCUGCUCACAGGAAAUCUGACUAGCUUCAACUCUGAAACAUCGGUGAAAGAUCUGCAAAGCUACACCAAGCUGCUGCUGGCUGGGAGGAAGAAGGAGGCCUUGGACUCAGCUAUGAACAGCGGCCUGUGGGGACACGCACUUUUUCUGGCCAGCAAAAUGGACAAUAGGUCUUAUACCACUGUGCUGAACAGGUUUACUGGACAGCUAACAUCAAGCGAUCCCCUCCAGACUCUCUUCCAGCUGCUGUCUGGGAGGAUUCCUUCUGUAGCCAUGUGCUGUGGGAGAGAAAAAUGGGGAGACUGGAGGCCCCACCUGGCUGUGAUGCUCUCCAAUGAGACAGGAGACCCCGCUGUCCAGCAGAAGGGCAUUGUCACCAUGGGAGACACUCUGGCCUCCAAAGGCCUCAUUCAGGCCGCCCACAUGUGCUACCUCACAGCCGGUGUUCACUUUGGGGUGUUCACACAGAAGGCAGGGAGACUUGUACUCCUCGGCAGCAGCCAUAGGCAGCCCUUUCAACACUUUGCAGCAAACUCUGCCAUCCAGUGCACAGAGCUGUAUGAGUAUUGUCAGACACUAGGGGGCAAAUACUUCUCUAUACCAACCUUUCAGGUGUAUAAAUUCCUGUAUGCCUGUCGACUGCUGGACUGUGGGCUGGCGUCUCAGGCCUUUCAUUACUGUGAGGUGGUAGGUCAGGCCAUCCUCAGACAGCGGGAGCCUUUCUUUGUGCUGACUGGGGAGGUUGUGAAGCUGUCAGACAGGCUAAGAGACUCUGAGGGUCAGUUUGGGGAAGCUGGAGUCAGUGGAGGACAGGAACCUGACUGGCUGAAACAUCUUCGUUCUAGGCUUCACAGUUUACAGAUAGGGAGUUAUGACUAUACAGACACAUACCAGCCUGAGGAAACUGCUGUGCCCUAUGAGGAUAUCAGAGAUCACUCAGAAUCUGACUUGCAUGACUUGAACCAAGACACUCAGAGUCCAGUACCCGAGCUCCUUUAUUACAGAGGCUCUGAGGAUCAAGAAAACCUCUGGCAGCAAGAUGAAGGGGACCCUGAGGAAAUAGCAGCUUCUCCAUGGGAUUCAAAGGGAGCUCAGGACUGGCCACCUGCCAGUCAUCCCGUGCCAGUGACAGAGGUUUAUGCUCCCCCAGUGCAAACAAUGGCUGCAGGCCAGGACUUCAGUUAUCAUAACACAGAUAGUGCUGAAGUCAGAACUGCUUUGCCACAUUGUCCUCAGAAUUAUCCGCCAUCAGCUGCUGAGGGGGCUGGAGUGUCUUAUGGAGAAGGCACGAUGGGGUGUCAGAUGCCAGAAAUCAAUACAAGUCAGCCGGAGCAGAGCCAACAGUACAUCCCACAACACUUAGAGGCCUCUGAGGUGACCAACGAGCCCCCAGAACAGCAGAACACCAAGGGGGGAUGGUUUAGCGGUUGGUUCAAAUCAAAAUCCAAAGAUGUUCCAAAGGAGAGCACAGAGCUGAGAGGUCCAGCUCAGAUGAAGCUGCAACCCAGUGCUGGCUUUGGUCCUCCUCCACCUCCUGCCACCGUCUCUCCUGGCAUGUUUCCAUCCCAGACCUCUUCUGCAGGGAUUAAUCCAUUUUCAAGAAAAGCAGGCCAGCAACUGGGGUAGGAAUCAACAGCAUGUGUCUCAGGAUGACUGCCACUAAAACCAAAGCUGGGAUUUGUAACUACCUGUCCUAUUGACCUCAAGUAAGAUCCCCACCACUCCCCUCCAAACACAUUUCUUUUUUAAGGAUGCCCUUUGAAACUGCCUGCUUGCCACCAUCGUGUUGCAUUUUGGAUACAAAAAUACUCCAGAUGAACCGGCACGACUCACUCAAAUUGCAGUGACACAUAUUGCAGAAACAGCUGAUGUGUGUUUCCUUUAAGCUGACUGUAGGAAAUUACAAGUUGAUGCAGAUCAUGUUUUAGGAAAGGGAUAUCUAAAUUGACCUGAAUAACAUUUAUGUGUUAGGGAUUUAACUUGGAGCUUUAGUGUGGCACAGUAAAGUUUGGGACUGCUUAUGUGGGCAUUUCUGAAAGUUCUGAAAGAAAUCAGUCUCUAAUAACUCACCCAUUAAUGAUUAUCCACCAGUGAGCUUUGCCAAAAUCAACCCAAUGUCAUUUUUUCUUGAUCAAAUUGCCUCAAUUCUGUGCAAUGUAAGACAAGAACCAAUACAUUACUAUACAGUUAACAUAAUACAAUGCCAACUAAAAUAUAAUCCAUUGAUGUUUUAAUUCAUUAGACUCAAAGAGACCAAAUGCCAUCUUGAAAACUAGUUGAGCAAAGUGUUUAGCCUUUUGUAAGGCAGGUAAAAGCAGCAUUCAUGGUGGGGAGUGAUCCCACAUGAUGGGGAAUGCGGAAGGGUUGGUUGGAAAUACCUUUGUCAGGCAAACAGCCAAGUAAUGCUACACAUGGAGUCAGCAGACACUGAAGUGUGUAUGUGCUCAUAGUAUUUGCAGUACCUUCAUUUAAAAAAAUAGCUUUAUUAUAAGUCCUGUUAUUAUUAGGGCUGUCAAACAAUUAUUUUAAAAAAUCCCAAUUGUCGCACGAGUGUUCAUAGUUUACUUGCAAUUAUUUCAUUAUCUCCUCUAAAUGUACCUGAAAGGGAUAUUUUUCAAGUUUAAUAUUCUUAUCAACAAUGGCAAAUCCUGUUCCCCAGAAUAACCUCAAAGGGGCUGCAUGCUGAAAAAAUAAGCUGUAGGCAUAGCAUGGCAAAGUCAAGCCCAACAAGCAACAACAUGUGGACAUACUGGCCUGAAUGUAACAUCACUAAGUAAUACUAAACACAAUGUAGUGUCCAACUUCACACCUGUAAAGGUUAACGAAAGACCAUCUGUUGUAUUAAGCAUCCACAUGUUCCAUCACUCAAAGAUCAUUCCCUGCACCCUUCACAUUUAAAGCAAAUAAUCUUACACAAUGUACAGUAACUGUGUGCAACAUCACAUGUUUGAUAGAGGCCUAAACAACUAUGGCGAGACACACGUGGUUGUGUUGAUCGUGCAUUUUAAAAAAAACAAGUGAUAUUCCAAGGAACUUGCGAGAACGGGUUAACUUUGAAAGCCGUAAAUAUUAAAAAUGUCUAAAUGACAACCAAUAGUUGUAUUGGCACCUUUAAAUGUAUAUAAAGAAGAGACUCAAUAUUUGUCAUUGUACACAUGUUUUAAUGUAAUUGAGAUAUUUUCAUAUGUCAUAUGUUUUUUUGCUUAAUGUAUAACCCUUAACCUUGAUGUAUUUUUUGUACCUCUGUACCAGCACAAGACAUGUAUUAAUUAUCAGUUCAUCUGUGUAAUUUUAUACAAGAGUAAUUUCUCAGUAUUAUUAAAUGU